AUGUAUGGAAUUAGUAAUACAGUAUUUAUUACCAUUGUAUUUUUUAUUACUCUGUAACAUUUCGAAAUGAAACGCCUAUGAUAUUUUCAUUAAAAAAAAAACAUAUUUAACAUUAAUCGAAUUGCGCCAGCGCGAUUCUGACAAAGGCAUUGGACUUUAAUUCGUUCGCAAAAGAGACUCGAGGAGCGAUCCAAAUGGCAUAAAAAUUAUUACGCGGAAAUACAAUUAAGUAUUAUAGUCUUGAAAAUUUUCAGAACAGUUUCACAAUAUUAUUUUACAACGGAUUUUAUAAUUGAAAUACUUGAGUGUUAGGUUUCAGUUUUUCACGAAGUGGAAGCCAUCGAAACACGUUACAGUUCCUUCAUUGUUGCUGUGUGACAUUACACUUAAAAGUUUUAAGGUAUAUAAAAGUGCAAAAAGUGUUUCUUUAUUCACAGAACGAUCGAAACGUUUUGCAAAUUUAAUGAGUUAAAAUGAAACUGUCAAGAUACAUUUCACCGUAGUUGGGUAACUUUGUUCGUCCCUAAUUAGCUGCAAACAAUUCACAAUUUUAUAUAUAAGCGUAUGUAGUUUAAUUUAUUUAAUAUAACUGAAUAAGUAGGUGGAGAUUUCUUAUUUCAUUUAGAAAGAUCGAAGUACAAUUGGCGAAAUAUAAUUGCGUCUUUUUUCAUCCGGCAUGUUUUUUUUGGUUAUGUCAAUUUAUCAUGAUUUAGCAUAAUAAAACAUUUAACAAUUCAUCAUCACAAUGCUAAUAAUAUUGUCCUUAUAACAAUCGAUCUUAUUAAACUAAUAAUUAAGUCUUUUUUUUUAAUUAUAUCGUUUCGUUCUUUUGAUCAGUAAAUUAUUUUAAGGUUAUGACACGUAUCAAAAAUCUUCCAUUAUUAAACGAUAUUAAAUAGCUUAAGCUUAUGCGUUGUUACAGUGUCGCAUGUAAUUAUUCUACAAUUUUUUCAUUUCAAACAGAGCAGUUCCUAUAAGGCAGUAAUGGCUGUCAAAGGGCUGGUAACAGCAAUUGUUCAAUUCUUAACCCAACAAUUAGAUGAAGGUGAUAUCACAGCAGAUUCUCGAGAAAGUCUCGAAGUAGCAAUACAGUGUUUAGAGAGUGCUUAUAAUAUACAAGCGUCUGAUAAUCCAACAAAUAUUAACUUAUAUGAAAUAUAUAAGUCUUCCGUUGAAAAUGCAAAGCCCAAUUUAACUCCUGAAGCCACUCCAGAAGCAAAAGCUGAAGCUGAAAGAUUGAAAAAUGAAGGAAAUACUCUUAUGAAAGCUGAGAAGCAUCAUGAAGCUCUUGCUAAUUAUACAAAAGCAAUUCAGUUAGAUGGUUGUAACGCAGUGUAUUAUUGUAAUCGUGCUGCAGCAUAUAAUAAAAUUGGCAAUUACCAGCAAGCCAUUAAAGAUUGUCAUACUGCUUUGUCCAUUGAUCCUUCAUAUAGUAAAGCAUAUGGACGAUUAGGUUUAGCGUAUUCUCAUCUUCAAAAACAUAAAGAAGCUAAAGAGAGUUACCAGAAAGCUUUGGAGAUGGAACCUGACAAUGAAAGUUACAAAAAUAAUUUACAACUAGCAGAAGAAAAAUUAUCUCAGUCGAACAUGAACAAUACGGGAUUAAGUGGAGGUACAUUGCCAGGCAUGGAUCUUAGUUCACUUUUGAGUAAUCCUGCUCUUAUGAACAUGGCUCGUCAAAUGUUAUCUAAUCCAGCACUUCAAAACAUGGUGAGCAAUUUCAUGACUGGACAGGUAGAACAAGGAGGACAUAUGGAUGCUCUUAUAGAGGCUGGUCAACAAUUUGCGCGACAAUUACAAAACGCGAAUCCCGAGUUAAUUGAAUCUUUAAGACGACAAAUGGGAGGGAAUCCAAAUGAUCCAGAUCCACCACAACAAAAUUAAAACAACUGUGAUUAUGAUAUAUUUUAAAAAUAUUACACAAAAUGGAAAUAAUUAAAUUGAAUUGGAACACAUACAUAAGUACAGAACAAUGUGUAUCAUUUUUUAAUAUGAAAGUGUGAAAAAUUAUGAGAUUAACUUAUAUUAUCUCUAUCGUAAAAUAAUAUUCAUAUACAUAUAUAUGUAUAUAUAU